AAAUCAUCUCUAACAGGCGAUCCCCACCGUCCAAAAAUAGGGUUAACAUUGGUUUAUAUCAUUCUCAUCUUACAUUAGGGUUUUACGAUCUCUCUCUCUGCGUCUCGCUCUCUCCAACUCGCACCCAGAGAAAAUGGUUGAGGUAGAAAUGAAGGGAAAUGCUGUGGUUCCAGAAUCAUUCUUGAAAAAGCAGAAGAGGGCGGAUGAAUGGGCUCUUGCAAAGAAGCAAGAGGUCGAAGCUACCAAGAAAAAGAAUCUAGAGAAGAGGAAGCUGUUCUUCAAUCGGGCUAAGGGAUACGCAGUAGAGUAUGCGAAGCAGGAUAGAGAGUUGAUAGACUUGAAGCGUGAGGCAAGAUUGAAGGGUGGUUUUUAUGUUAGCCCAGAGCCUAAGCUGUUGUUUAUCAUCAGGAUUCGAGGUAUCAAUGCCAUUGACCCGAAGACUAAGAAGAUCUUGCAACUUCUGCGAUUGAGGCAGAUAUUCAAUGGUGUUUUCUUGAAAGUAAACAAAGCAACUCUUAACAUGUUGCACAGGGUGGAGCCAUAUGUUACCUAUGGAUACCCAAACCUGAAAAGUGUUAAAGAGUUGAUUUACAAAAGGGGUCAUGGAAAACUUAAAGGACAGAGAAUUGCCUUGACCGACAAUGCCAUCGUCGAGCAGGCUCUGGGGAAGUUUGGAAUACUCUGUGUUGAAGACUUGAUCCAUGAAAUUAUGACUGUUGGACCUCACUUUAAGGAAGCAAACAACUUCCUCUGGCCAUUCCAGCUUAAGGCACCACUUGGUGGUCUGAAGAAGAAAAGAAACCACUAUGUUGAGGGAGGUGAUGCUGGUAAUCGUGAGGCCUUUGUCAAUGAGCUCAUCAGAAGGAUGAAUUAGCUUUCUCUUGGGUGGACUAUAUUGAUUUUGGUGGUACUCUGUUUACAUUUUUACUGUUAGUGCCUGGUGUUAGACUGUAAUUUGAGUUUUAUCCUUGCUUUAGUAAAAUUUUGGUGAUAAGUUGAAUUUUAUGGUUACUUGGUUCCUUUCAGGGAUGAAUGCAUUUUUUCUCAUGCUUUUGUUUUUAA